GAAAUUACAAAAUGGUGAACUCCGAUGUGGAAAAAACAGAAAAUGCGAGGAAUAAAGAAAAUAUGAAUUAUGGUGUCAUGUUGAACUCUACUUUCCGACAAAAUUUCGUUUUAGAUUCACCAUUGUCUUGUGCCUGGUGCUUUGACCAUAUUGUUGAUAAAUAUUACAAAUAUGUAGAUGACAAAUCCUGGCAUGAAAAUUGUGUCAUAUGCAACAGUUGUCGAAAGUUACUUACAAUCUCCUGUUUUUCGAAAGAUUCUAAAUUAUUCUGCAAAAAUUGCUAUGAGAGGCUCAAACACUGUCGCAGAUGCUUCAAAGAGAUAUGCAAAGAAGAAUUAAUUAUUAGGGUUGAAACAUAUGCUUAUCACGUGGCAUGCUUUGUUUGCGAGUAUUGCAACUGCCUCCUUCAUAGGGGGGAUCGUUUUCAUUUACUCCAAGGAGAACACGCGCGGAAAAUAUGUUGUAAGCUAUGUUACGACAUUGAUGACAUUGCAGAUCUAAGAUUAUCGGAAUCAAAUUCAGAAGAAUCUUCAACUGACGACAAUGCUGUUAAUACUGAUUUGUUCUCCUUCGAAUAUUUGAAUGACACAAUGCCUGUUCCACAACACUUUUACAGACAAUCAUCAGCUGAUUAUCCACGCACUGGAACAUCUUCUACCUAUAAUUCAAUGUGGAAUUCAUGUGUAAAUCAAAAACAAUGUCAGUUAUUACCUGUCAUGGCAUCCUUUGAUCCAAGGAAGUUAAAGAGGCCGAGAACUGUUCUUACGAGAGAACAAAGAAAAAAGUUCAACUCAUGGUUUGACAUUUCAGAAAAGCCAAGUAGAAUGGUCCGCGAAAAAUUAGCGAAAGAAACUGGACUGACACCGAGAAUUGUGCAAGUGUGGUUCCAAAACCAAAGAGCAAAGAUAAAGAAGACUCGACGGCGCCACAGAAAUGGGCAAAGAGUCGAGAAUAUUGAAUCUGAUGACUUUAACGAUGACAAAAUAUGGUCGAAUCCGUUGAGCUGUGAACUGUCACCAAAUUUUCUGGAUUGUGCGAGUCAAAAUCAAUGACUAGGACAAUUAUCAAACGAAAGAACUCC